UCACUAAUAUUCCUUCUCCAUCGAAAAUUCCAAUGGAUCUUCUUACGGUUCUCUUCAUUGGAUUUCUCAGUCUGGCUACUCUAAAUGCUGGCUUUUGCUAUGGAGGCUGCAUAGAGAGGGAGAGACAAGCUCUCUUGGAGUUGAAGCAAGAUUUGGUGGAUCCUGCAGAACGACUCACUUCCUGGGUUGCUGAUGAUGAAGAUUGUUGCAGAUGGAAGGGAGUUGUAUGCAAUAAUGUGACCAACCAUAUCUUGGAACUCAAUCUUCUUGACGUUCCUGAUGAUCAAUUAGAGGAUUAUUCAGGAUCGAAGUUGGGUGGUAACAAUGUUUUAAAAACCGGACCGGAUCGGCCGGUUGAACCGAUCAGACCGGUACCCGGUAUUAAAAAUGGUUCGGCUUAACAUUUAGAACCGAUAGAAUG